AAUUAAAAGUACAUAAAGAACAAUACAAAUAAAAAAUGGAUAAAGUUGUUAAUUUAAUCAAAUCACACAAAUUAAUUAUCUUUUCAAAGACAUUCUGCCCAUAUUGUGUUAGUGUUAAAAGUUUAUUUGAACAAAUUGGUGUUAAACCAUUUGUUGUCGAAUUAGACAGAGAAUCAGAUGGUGCCGAAAUGCAAGCCAAUUUAGCAAAACAUUCAGGUAUGAGAACUGUUCCACAAGUAUUUAUCAAUGAAAAGCUUAUUGGUGGUUGUGAUGAUACUACCAAGCUUCACAAAAGUGGCAAAUUAGUUCAAUUACUCAAAGAAGCUGGUUUAUUAUAAAAUAUUUUUAUAUCUAAUCAAAAUAAAAAACAAAAAUAAAACAAAACAAAACAUUUAAAUAAACAUAUAUACAACAAUCAUUGUAAAUAAAUACAUAAAAUAUUUUAAAUAAAUAAAAUAAUAAAAAAGAUUGUUUUUUUUAAUUUAAAAAAGAUGAUUUUAUUAUAAAACAUUU